UCUCCGUCGCGCUGCCGCGACAGCAAAAAUGAAUCGAAAGGCUGUCCAAUGGAACGCAAUGAUCACGAGUGAGAAUUCGAAGAGACUAGCUCGUUUUGCGCAGAAUCUUGACACUGAAAAAUGUUGUGAAAACUCACAAGUUUCAAAUUUAACUGUGACGACGAGGUUACCACCAAGGUUGCACCGCCACGAACCUCGUUUCGGUAUUCGCCUUCUUGGUUACUACCCCAACUGUAGCUUUCAUGACAGAGCGUGCUGAUACCCUCCAUGUAUCAAGAGCAGAAGUCUGGUACCUCAAGGAAAUCGCGUUUGGAAGCACGGAAACAAAGCGAAGAUUAAAGAUCAUAACACAGAAUUUUAAUGGACCAUGUUCAUUCAUUGCUAUUUGCAAUAUCCUGAUACUGCGAGGGCAGAUUGAGAUCCUGCCGUAUGAGCGGGGAACAGUGUCGUAUGAGUUUCUUGCGCAGCUCGUAGGAGAGUAUCUCCUCAUGAGCUGUCCGGAUAUUGAUGUCUCUGCUGCGCUCUCGAUUAUGCCCAGCACCACCAGUGCGCAUCAUUUCUUUCCAAUUUGUAUAGUAGUCAAUGAAGCUAAUAUGGUGUUAGAGGGCCUCGACCUGAACCCUGUCUUCACAGGCGCUACGUCAUUUCGACCUGCAGGGGAAGGUGGGGAAUUGAAGUUGUUCGAGCAGGCAGGGAUAGAGCUCGUGCAUGGGUGGCUUGUUGACCCUGACAGCGAGGAGUACAGGGUGUUGCAGCAUGUGCGUGAUUACGAUACUGCUGUCACACUCAUUGCGGAUGCGGAUCAUAUUACGAGGGGACGGUUGUUGAGUGGGGAUGUGUGGGGUGAAGGAGAAGGAGGAGAAGUAGGGAGUAGCAGUCAAGUGGGGAGCGGCCCGAGUGGCUAUGCGGGCCCGAGUAGUGCUAGCGAUAAUUACUCGGAGAAAGAUAGAGAGAAGAUCGAACAUGCGCUUGUGACACAAGCGUUCCUGGAUAGUACCCAGUCUCAAUUGACGUAUCAUGGGCUAUUUCAACUUGCGUCUACAUUACAGCCAGGGUCGCUUGUUGCAUUGUUCCGAAAUUCACACCUUUCCGUGUUGCAUAAGCGAGAGGGGGAGGAUUCGUCGCUUUACAGUUUGGUCACGGAUCAUGUGUUUUUGCAAGAGCCGUCGGUAGUAUGGGAGCGCUUAGAAGAUGUUGAUGGGGUUGGGUCGACGUUCGUGGACUCGGAUUUUGUUCGUUCGACACCUGUGGGGGGCGACUUCGCUGGACAAACGGCGGAAAGCGCAUUGCAUGCCCUAGAGAUGGAAGGGAACCCAGAUGUGAUAUUAGCACGACAACUACAAGCGGAAGAAGAUGCGCGGUCGCAUGAGAUAUAUAAGCGGAGGCAGCAACAGCAGGAGAUUCAACAGAAGGAAGAGGAGGAGCGGAAACGGAAGAACGAGGAUAGUGCUAGUAGGAAAAGCAAGAAGACGAAAGACAAGUGCAUUAUAAUGUAGAAUGCUAUACCCGAUAAUUUUAUAUGUAUUGCCAUGUCAUAUGUGCCAUGUAUCUACGUCGGCUUGCGUGUGAGCAAAACAUAAUUGCAACCAAUAGAUUGGAUUGUAAUCAUCAAGAGAAUGAUCAAAAUCAUGAUGUGGAAUGGGAACAAUG